AUGUUCAAGAGAUUUACAAAGAAGAAUGAAGAGGACGUCGUCCCCACCGACAAAUUGAUCAAGAUCGAUAAGCCAAUCCCUGAACUCCCAUCCACAAUAUCGCCCCCCAAGGAGAAGAAAUUGACAGAGGCAGAAUGGGCCAUGUAUGAUGAAGUAGCCACGCAUUUCCAGGAUCCUGAUUUGGAAAUACCAUUGAAAGAGAAGAAUAACCCGCCUGACUCACUAGCCCCAUUGAACGAAUUCGAAAAGGCUUGGCUCACAAGAGAAUGUUUCAUUCGUUACUUAAGAGCUACAAAAUGGGUGGUCGCUGAUUGCAUAGAUAGAAUUAAGCUCACUUUAGCUUGGAGAAGAGAAUUCGGUAUCAGCAAUUUUGGAGAAGAAAAUGGUGAUUCAUUGACUGCUGAUUCUGUCGCAAUUGAAAAUGAAACAGGUAAACAAGUGGUAUUAGGUUACGAAAAUGAUGCAAGACCUAUUCUAUAUUUGAAACCGGGAAGACAGAAUACGGCAACUUCCCAUAGACAAGUAAAACAUUUAGUCUUCAUGCUGGAAAGAGUAAUUGAUUUUAUGCCCAGAGGACAAGAUUCAUUAGCACUUUUAAUUGAUUUUGAAAAAUAUUCUGAUGUCCCAAAGGCAGAAACAAGUAAAAUUCCACCAUUAGGUGUCGGAAAGGAAGUAUUGCAUAUCUUACAAACACAUUAUCCAGAAAGACUGGGGAAAGCGCUACUGACAAAUAUUCCAUGGUUAGCCUGGACUUUCCUAAAAUUGAUCCACCCCUUCAUUGACCCAUUGACUAGAGAAAAAUUAGUAUUUGAUGAACCGUUUGGUAAAUAUGUCCCACAAGAAGAAUUGGAUGCUUUAUAUGGUGGUCGUCUCGAUUUCAAGUAUAAACAUGAUGUGUAUUGGCCAGCUUUAAUAAAAAUAUCAAAGGCACAUAGAGAACAUUACGUACAAAGAUUUCAAAAAUUUGGUGGGAAGAUUGGUUUAAGUGAGUACGAUUUGAGAGGUUCACAUGAAGAAUUGGUAUAUCCAGUCAGAAAAACUCACAAAUGA